GUUGCAACCGAGACAAUGAAACUAAUUAUUCUAUUGCUGUCUUUGACUCUGGCUUUUGCCAAUGCUGACCACGAUGGCCACCACCAUGACCACCACCAUGACCACCACUCAGACUAUGUGGUAAAGACGCACGAGGAUCUGAUCAAGUAUCGUCAUCACUGUGCCGAGCAGGUGCACGCCAGCGCUGACGACGUAGCCAAAUACGUGAAAUGGGAGUUUGCGGACGAGGAGAAGAGUCGCUGCUAUUUGAAGUGUGUCUUUGAGCAGUUUGGCUUCUUCGAUGCCACCCAUGGCUUCAAUGUGCACAAGAUCCAUGAGCAGCUCGCUGGCGGUGCUCAUGUCGAUCACUCUGAUGAGACUCACCAAAAGGUCGCCGCCUGUGCCGAUGACAAUUCCCAGGGAAGCGAUCCCUGCACCUGGGCCUAUCGCUGCGGCAUGUGCUUCAUGCGCUCCAAUCUCCAGCUGGUCAAGCAGAGCAUCAAAGCCUAAUCCCAAGCCGCCUUAUCUCGAACAACGUUCAAUGUUAAUUCCACUCAAGUUCAACAUUCGCUCAAAUAAAAUCAUUUCGAUUUGAA